CCCGUUUUGAAAAACAGAAUGAAAACUGACGAUUAAAAUGGCGGCGCCCAUGUCGGCGUAAAUAAUGGUCGUGAAAAUCGAGAGAGAAAAACACAAUAUGCCUGUCGUGCAGAAAGAUCCAUUGAAGAAUAUAUUCUUUGAAGAGGAUGAUCUUCCCUUUGAAGAGGACAUUCUUCGUAACCCGUACACUGUCAAAUGCUGGUUGAGGUACAUCGAACACAAGAAAAACUCCACCGCCAAUGCUUUCAACAUUAUAUAUGAGCGUGCUCUGAAGGAGCUACCUGGAAGUUAUAAGCUCUGGUACAGCUACUUAAAGCUGCGUCGACAGCAGGUACGCGGCAAAUGCAUCACGGAGCCUGCCUUUGAGGAUGUCAACAGCGCCCAUGAGAGGUCCCUCGUGUUCAUGCACAAGAUGCCGAGAAUAUGGUUGGAUUACUGCGAGUUCCUGAUGGGCCAAGGGUUGAUAACUCGUACAAGGAGGACGCUUGAUCGAGCAUUACGAGCUUUACCCAUAACGCAACAUCACCGAAUAUGGCCACUCUACCUGAAGUUUGUUCGUAUGUACGAUCUGAAGGAGACUGCUGUCCGGGUGUAUAAGCGAUAUAUGAAGCUGAGCAAAGAAAAUGCUGAGGACUAUAUCGAGUACCUGAAAUCUAUUGGCUGGCUGGAUCAAGCUGCCCGGAAACUUGCGGACAUCAUCAACGAUGACAGUUUUGUGUCAAAAGAGGGAAAGUCAAAGCAUCAGCUCUGGAAUGAAUUAUGUGACCUGAUUGCGAAAAAUCCUGACAAAGUGACCUCCAUGGACAUUGAACCGAUUAUACGACAAGGUCUGAAACGAUACACCGAUCAAAUUGGUGUGCUUUGGAACUCCUUGGCAGAUUACUACAUCAGAGGUGGCCAUUUUGAAAGGGCAAGAGACAUCUACGAGGAGUCCAUUCAGACUGUUAUUACGGUGCGAGACUUUACACAAGUGUUUGACGCGUAUGCCCAGUUUGAGAAAAAUCUGAUCAGUGCUAAAAUGGAAUCUAUGGAAGAAAGUGGUCCCACUGAGGAAGAUGACCAUGACCUUGAGCUGCGACUUUCGAGGUUGGAGUCGCUGAUGGAUCGAAGGCCUUUACUGCUGAAUAGCGUGUUGUUGAGACAGAACCCACAUAACGUGCACGAGUGGCACAAACGCGUGAAACUGUACGAGGGAAAACCACGAGAGAUAAUCACCACAUACACAGAGGCUGUGCAGACGGUUGAUCCAAAAAUAGCAUCGGGAAAACCCCAUACACUGUGGUGCGAGUUUGCAAAGUUCUAUGAAAAUGCAGACCAAAUCGAAGAUGCACGUGUAAUAUUCGAGAAGGCGAUCAAGGUUGGCUACAAGCAUGUAGAUGAUCUGGCGUCCGUCUAUUGUGAGUGGGCAGAGAUGGAGAUACGACACGAAAACUAUGAAGAUUCGUUGAAGAUAAUGCAGAAGGCUACUACCCCACCCCCAAGAUCUGUGGCAUACCAUGAUGAGUCGGAGAUUGUACAAGCUAGGGUUCACAAAUCGCUCAAAGUUUGGUCGCUGUAUGCAGAUCUGGAAGAGAGCUUCGGAACAUUCAAGACCUGUAAAGCGGUCUAUGACCGAAUCAUCGAUCUUCGCAUCGCCACGCCUCAGAUUAUCAUGAACUACGGCCUCUUCCUGGAAGAAAACAACUACUUUGAAGAAGCAUUUAAGGCGUAUGAAAAGGGUAUUGCCUUGUUUAGGUGGCCAAAUGUGUACGACCUGUGGAACACCUACCUUUCCAAGUUUAUCGAUCGAUAUGGUGGGAAGAAGCUAGAGCGGGCUAGAGACCUCUUUGAGCAAUGCUUGGAAAAUUGUCCCGCCAAGUUUGCAAAAGCCAUUUACCUGCUAUAUGCCAAACUGGAAGAGGAAUAUGGGCUGGCCAGACACGCCAUGGCUGUGUACGACAGGGCCACACAGGCUGUUUUACCAGAGGAACAGAAUGAGAUGUUCAACGUCUACAUCAAGAGAGCAGCGGAGCUAUACGGUGUCACCUACACAAGACCCAUCUAUGAAAAAGCUAUUGAGACUUUGAACAACGAACAAGCUAGAGAGAUGUGCCAAAGAUUUGCAGAUCUUGAAAGGAAGCUUGGAGAAAUUGACAGGGCUAGGGCUGUCUAUGCCCACUGUUCUCAAAUUUGUGACCCAAGGUCGACUGCUACCUUCUGGCAGACGUGGAAGGACUUUGAAAUCAAGCAUGGAAACGAAGACACGGUCCGCGAGAUGCUUAGGAUUAAACGCAGUGUUCAGGCCAUGUAUAACACGCAGGUGAACUUCAUGUCGGCACAGAUGCUCGCUGCAGCCACCACAAAGGGGGAUAACCAAGCACCAAGUGAGAUUGCUGAUGAGAUGCAGAAACUAGAAGAAAAGGCAAGGCAGUUGGCUGAGGAGGCAGCUAAAGACCAAGGCAAGCAAGACAAAGGCAUCCUAUUUGUUAGGAGUAACACUACGGAUGAGGAGUUAGGCGAGAUGACAAAGACAACAAACCCUGACGAGAUCAACAUAGACGAAGACUUCUCAACUGAUGAAGAUGAGGCGGUCGAAGUGGUCCAGCAGCAGUCCGUUCCCACGGAGGUGUUUGGAGGACUCGCCAAGGAUGACGAUUAACAAACUGCAUUGGUGACUUUCUGUGGAUAAGUGACUUGUCAUGGAUUGGUGACUUUCUGUGGAUAAGUGACUUGUCGUAGAUUGGUGAUUUUCCCUGGAUAAGUGACUUGUCGUAGAUUGGUGACUUUCUGUGGAUAAGUGACUUGUCAUGGAUUAGAGACUAGACAUGGAUUUAUGACUUUUCAUGGAUAAUUACCUUUGCAUGGACAAACGACGUGAAAUAAUUGAAAUACCAUGGAUGAUCGACUUACCAAUAUCAUGGAAUUUUGAAUUGCUGUUGAUAAGUGAUUUCUUAUCAUGGAUUAAUGAUCCGUCAUUGUUUAAGGACUUUUCAUGUAUGAAUGACUUAACGUAAUUGAUAUACGAUUUAUCAUAUAUAUUACUGACUUAUGACUGUGUUGUUGAUAUUUCUUUGGAAAUUCACAUUGAUGAGACAAGUUACCUGAUUAUUUAUGUAAAAGUUACAUCAAUAAAAUUUGAAUUAUCA